ACCUCACGUCAGGUCAAAAGCCAAAGAUUCUACCAUUUCCAAAGCAAAGAACAGAUAAAACGCAAGAUAUGCGACUAACUGCAAAGUCGAUGAUCUGUUGAGUAUCAAGGCACACGGGUUCGAGCUUGCCCGCCGUCCUAAAAUUAUCAUUUCAAAACCCAAUAAAUUUUUCCAUUUUUUAAAAAUCGGAUGUCGGAUCAAAUUAUUAAGCAGGCCCCUGGUUAGUGGUUAGUGGUUAGUGAUCAGUGGCUAGUGCCAACAGUUCAUCAGACAAGUUCGUAGUCGAAUUCUUUAUCGACUUGUUUUCUCAAACAUAAACACGAAACGAAGGAAGUAUAAUGCUCUUCUCUGGCUACAAUUAACUCACUCCUGUAUUUCAUUCGAUCAUGUAAAAUCUUCCAUCACAAAUGGGAGCAUCAGAAUCAACGCUUUCAUCCUCCGUCAAACCGGAGGAUCAGAUAACUACAAUAUCUGAACGAAUUGAAGAGGUUGACCCAAUUUUGGAGAGAUUAAAAUCGCUUAAAAUUGCUACACCAAUUCUAACAGCUUUGCCAGCAGAGAGCACUUUGACGGAUCUUUUAGUGAGAAAGCCCUCAUCUUCCUCUAAACAUGGUACUUUAAACCCAAAGGUAAUUUUGGAGCUUUUCGCCAUGUAUCGUGAUUGGCAGGAGGAGAAGGCUCAGAAGAUUGCUUAUACACAGGAAGAAAUUGAAAACAAGAUAGAAGUUGUAGAUGCAUUGGCAGUUAAACUUAAGCAACGGUUCAAUGGCUCUGUAUCUGCAAUGAAGACUGCUUCACAACAUUUAUCCGAAGUUCAUGCAUUACAAGUGGAGCUCGGGGAGCUUAAAGGGCGGUUAACUGAGGUUAUUAGUAAUUGUGAUUCGUUGUGUAAGAGAAUUAAUUCUGACGGGCUUGAGUCACUUCGGUCAUCUGUUACGCCUUUCUCAGCAACAUCCACUUCGAACCCGUGUUCAGUUGUCAAACACAUAAAUCCUCCUUCAGAAAAAGCUGGAGUUGAAAACUAAUAAUUUGAGCUUUACAUUCCCUACACUGUAUUUUUUCAAACCAGUGUAUGUUUUCUUUAUAGCAGUCAACAGGGUGAUUAUUGAUGAACUCAUGGCUUGUUUAUAUCCAUUCUUACAAAGAUUUGUGUUA